AUGAUGCGUUCCCAUCUUUUGGCUGGUUUGCUUGCCGCUCUCUCUUGCUCGACCAACGGCCUGGUGUUCAAGGACAAAAUCAAGCAAACCAUCAACGGCAGCACGCUUUCAUUACUCCAUGAUACCCGAGAUGCAACCUCUAUGCAAUUUGGUACCGCGCCCAAUUCCAACUCGGAGUCCUGGGAGUUCAACACCGAGGGCUUCGCUGAUGAUGAAGCUGUUAUCACCCCUGUAGGCUCAUCUAAGUCUCUUGUAUGUGAGCAGGGCAUCCCAUGCUACCUAGACCCCGCGGGGCCGAAAAUCCCCAUUCGAGUCACCCGAGUGGAUGAGGAAAAUCCCAUCUUUACGUUCCAAGACAUUCCGUCGUCGCUCUAUCUAUCCCGCACACCCGACCUAUACCUGGAGUUGAGGGAUGUCCAGGAUGAGUCUAUUCACUUCACGUUAGAAGCAAUCCACGAUCAUACCGAGAUCUAA